GUCGGUCCACCAGGUCCGCCUGGACCUCCAGGACCAGCUGGGCCCCCUGGGCCUCCCGGACCUCCAGGUCCCCCUGGCCCAUUGGGUGUCCCUGGACGCUUUGUAGGCUUUCCGGGCUUGGGAGUUGUCUUGGGUCCGCCGGGUCCUCCUGGCCCGCCUGGACCUCCUGGUCCUCCUGGUCCCGCGGGUCCCCCUGGCCCACCCGGUCCUUUAGGGCCUCCCGGUCCACCGGGGCCCCCUGGGCCUCCAGGACCACCUGGUUUACCUAUGAAAGAAAAUCAACAAGGAUUAGAAAAAGAAUAUGACAGAAAGUACUACAAAAUAGGACAUUGAACUGCGUGGUUUUCAGGCUCCGUUUACACGGGUGCAGACACAUUUUGAACGACAAAAACGCCAUUCACGUAAACGUGUAAUGGGGAACCGCGAAACCGUGUAAGUUUAUGAACGGCAAACUAUGCAAGUUUUUGACCUGAUCAGAAGUGGGUCAAAAUUUUUGACUGGUAGGGUUCCACUCUUACGCGGACUCGUGCAAACACCUAAACCCUGCAAGUUUUUGCACAGUUUGCGCGGUAAAAACUUACAGCCUAGUUGCGCGCCUUUCAGUUUGAUAAAGAAAGCCAUUCCAAUGCUGACUCCGGCAAAAGUUUUACGGCUUCGUGUAAACAGUAAUGUAACAGGAUUUGGACGGUUCAGUGUAAACGGGUCGCACAGGUAAGAAAUUGGUCUGUUCAAAAAUUUUUCCGGACCCGUGUAAACGGGGUCUACAGGUGAUACUAAACGAGACGAUUCGCAACGACGAUUUUUUGCGCAACACGGCGUUGCAACAUUGUUUCGAAUGGCUACAACAUUGUUCCAACAUUGCAACGCUGUGUUGCGCUAAAAAUCGUCGUUGUGAAUCGUGCCGUGUAACAUCACCUUAAGAGAUAAAGAACGCUGGCGAUGUACAGAUUUUCCACUAACAUAAUAUGAUUAUUUACGUAAAAAAUUGAGAGAUGUCUAUAAAUUUAGCUCAUACCUGGAGGCUGCUUUGUUGGUUUUGUUGUUUUUGUUGGUUUACCAGACUUUGGUGUUGUUGGUCCACCUGGGCCUCCGGGACCACCUGGUCCCCCCGGUCCUCCAGGACCGCCGGGGCCUCCUGGUCCACCAGGACCUCCUGGUCCG